GAAAUGUUCUCCGCAACUCCGAAUACACCUUGCUAAUAUCUACCCGCCGGCCGCAGGCCGCCGCCCGGCUUCCAGUCUCGCCGAUUCGAGGAGACGACGACCAUGCCAACCACAGCGCCACCGGUGGAUGCAGAACCUCCCGAGUGCCCGGUGUGCCUCUCCCCAUUCGACGCGGCCUCCGUUGUGCCGCGCGUCCUCCCGUGCGGCCACUCCCUCUGCGGGUCUUGCAUCGCGGCCCUCCCGCCCGCCUCCGCGGCCGCAGGCGCCUCCUCCCUCCGCUGCCCUCUCUGCUCCCAGUGCGUCCCCUACGCCCGCGCGCUCGGCCCCUCCUCCCUCCCCAAAAACCUCGCCCUCCUCACUCUUCUCCCCUCCCCAUCGCAUGCUCUCAGCGCCGCCACCCUCGUCACAGCGCCGCUUCCCCACCCCCAUCCGCUCCACGCCGCCCACUCGCGCCUCCUUUCGCGCUUCCGCCAUGCCGUCCUCCCCGAGUCCGCCUCCCCGCUCGGUUCCGAGCCAAGCCCCGUCCACCUCGCGUUCGGAUCCCUCGGCUCCGACCUCGGCGCGCCCUGGUUCUGCGCGCGGGGCCGCCCCGUGAGCCUCCUCCCGAUCGAGACCCAACCAGUCCCCCCGACGAAGCAGGAAGCCGAAUUCUACCGGCCCAGCCACGCGACGCGGGUCCUCGCCGCGGUCGACGCGCUCAGCGACGCGACCAAGGAGGAGCUGGCCGGUCUGAUCGCCUCUUCCGCGAGGCUAGCACGGAUGGUGAGCAGGCUCUACGGUGUCUGGAUGUCCCCUCACGCGCCGCCACUAUGGAUGGUCUCUGAACGGCACCCACGUACGGUUUCCCAAUUGUUGGAGGAGGAGAUUAUCAAUAGAGAGGAGACGGUGGUGCGGGCCGGAUUCCUUGUAAUGGAGGCAUGUGAAGUGAUCAUGGGGUUGCACAGCGAGGGGCUGGUGCUGGGGUGCCUCGGGCUGGACUGCUUCUGCCUCGAUCGUUUUGGGCACUGCAUGCUUGAUUUGAAUCAGGCGUUGGCCUUGUGCCGGGGAGUCCAAGCUGGGGCUAGCUCGAACAGUGUUCGAGCUUUCAUCGCUCCAGAGGUGGCGGCAGUGCUAGGUGACACGUUGCGGACGGAGGGUCGUGAUUUUGAUGGUUUGGUUGGCUGUACCUCGGAUAUCUGGUCGUUGGGUUGUGUGUUCGUGGCACUUCUUACUAGGGAUGAACAGCUUGUGCCUGUGGCAGGUUGGAACUCUGAAGGACUGUAUGAUGAUUGGGAGAAGGAAGUGGUUACAAGGCUUGAUGCCACAUUGCUUGGUACUAUACUUGAACCAUUGGCUGCAGUUAUAGCAUCGUGCUUGAGAUAUGAUCCAAAAUCCCGUCCAGAGAUUGCUGAUGUUUGGAAAUGUAUUAGAGGCUUGUUGACAAAAUUUGGUGAUGUUACUUUAGCUCCUGAUGAUGAUGUUGCAGCUCAGAAGAGUUUUAGAUGUUUACUCCUUGGGGAGUUAUCCUCCAUGUUUGUUGAUUCUGGUGCUGUUGAGUCAGAUGAUAAAACACAACUGUCUCGAGGAGCUGAUGGCAACAGUUCGAAUCAGGAUCAUGGAAGUAAUGAUGGUUUCUUAAACAAUAGCGGAAAUGAUUUGUCAGGAAUCGAUGGUCCACAGUCUGUCGGAGUGUUUAAAUCAUCAACACUGCUUGCCCACCGUGAUUGUGUAACAGGAUUAGCUGUUGGAGGUGGGUUCUUGUUUAGCUCUUCUUAUGAUAAAACUAUCAAUGUGUGGUCACUGCAGGACUUCUCUCAUGUGCAUUGUUUGAAGGGUCAUGAACACAAAAUCACAGCAAUAGUUGUUGUUGACAAUGAUAGCCAUUCUCUUUGUAUAAGUGGAGACAGUGGCAGCGGAAUUUUUGUCUGGCGUGUGGAUUCUACUCUGAAGGAAGAACCUUUGAAUAAAUGGUAUGAACAUAACGAUUGGCUCUAUCGAGGGGUUAACUGCUUGGCUGUCUCUGGAACUGGUUAUCUUUACACUGGUAGCAGAGACAAAACUAUCAAGGCUUGGUCACUAGAGGAUUAUUCACUUCGCUGCACUAUGACAGGUCAUAAAUCAACUGUGUCUUGCCUUGCAGUGGCCAGUGGUAUUCUUUACAGUGGAAGUUGGGAUGGUACCAUUCGUUUAUGGUGGCUCACUGAUCAUACACCAUUGUCUGUCCUGGAAGAUGAUGCAGCAGGAAGCAUAGCCCCUGUAUUGUCGAUUUCAGCAGGAACCAAUUUUGUUGCCUCGUCAUAUGAGAAUGGCUAUUUUAAGGUCUGGAAGAACGAUGUGCUUGUCAAAUCAGAAAAGCUUCAAAAUGGUGCUGUUUAUGCAGUUAAAUUGAGUGGCAAAUGGCUCUAUACUGGUGGAUGGGAUAAAGUCAUAAACAUCCAGGAGUUGUUGGAUGAUGAGUCAGAGGUAGAACUCCGAGACGUCGCUUCCAUUACUUGCGACUCAAUUAUAACUUCGAUACUGCCCUGGGAUGAAAGGCUGAUAGUUGGACUAUCCAACAGGGAAAUAAAGAAGCUGGCUGAAAAGCUGAGCGUUUGGCAGUCCGCAGCAGCUUUUGGUGGCCAGAAGCUGUCAGAAGCCGAAACAAACAGGGCCUAGGUGUCGCAAUGGCCCUAGGCCAAAAACAAACUCUGUUUUCGUGGGAACUGGUGCCUUGAAGACUCUCCGUUUGAAGCAUCGAUGUGUAAGACUCUCUUCAACGGUGGACGCUAGCGCCCCCUCCCCUCUCUGUGACGGCUACAGGCCUCCCUCUACCGCUCCCUCUACCGCUACAACGGUGCCCCCUAGCACUGCUACAGUGCUAGCGGCUGGUGGGUGCGCACCCUACAUCAAGGGAUACCACAAGGGCUCCCCUUGUCUCGGUUUGUGUGUACAAAAGUAUUUAUUAGUUGGGAAAAAAUUGAUAAUAGAUGGUGAAUAGGUAUGGAAAAUAGUAUUUUAUGAUUAUAGUGGAGUAUAGGGGAAGUAUUUAGGGGGAACCGCUGUACAGGGUGGAGAUAUAGGGGGAAGAGAAUACUGACGUGGCAGUGGGAUAUAGGGGGAGAAAUUUAGGGUUAACCGCUGAAGACAGUCUAAAGCCUAUGCCAGAGGCGUCUCCUAGAAGGAGAGUACCAACAUCUUGCUGCAGCCGCAUACUCGCAUACAAAUUACCAAAGUAGUUGUAGCAGUAGCAGACUAGGACUCUGUUUAUGGUACUGGUAACUUGGUUGUGGUAAUUAUUUGAGUAUCUGUGUGAUUAACAAUAUACAAAACAUAUAUGCAGCUCCA